AUGGCAUCCCAAGCGCCUCAGCAGUCUCAUCACUCGCAGAUUUCUGCCUUUAUGAAACUCUUCUAUAAGGAUUACAAGUACUCUCUUUUGCAUACAAAAUCUAUGUCCGAAGUGUCCAAACUUGUCCCUGAUAUUGUGGAGACAAUCAAGAGUUCUAUCGAACAACUGAUCAAAGAUGCAGAGGCCAAACACUUUGUGGUUUCUAGAAUUAUUCCAAUUGGUUGCCUUCCAGGUUUUCAAACGAUGUUUCCCGAUAAUAGCAGGAAAAUUCAAUGUCACAAAGGACUAAAUUUGUUUGCAACAUUGCACAAUGAUUAUCUAUGGCAAGCGUUGGAGGAGCUACGAUUGAAGUACCCUGAAGUUGAGAUCAUAUAUGCAGAUUAUUUCAAGGCGUUUAUGGCAAUUCUAUGCAAUCAUGCAUUCUUUGGAUUUAAGACUAAGUGA